UUCCCUUCUCUUGGAUUUGGUUUAGUUUAGCAACUUGCUUUACUUUACUUUACUCAAGGGAGUAAACAAUCAUAUUUACUUUCCUCGCGAUUUUGCUCGGAAACCCUCCCUCGCUUGCGCUUCUUCUCCUAAUUAUUAACUGAGCCUUGUUUGAUCGAUUAAGAGAUCUAGACAACAUUGCAGCAUGGGUUCCUCGAGGGAAGACAGACCGCCAGUUCAGGGGCCAAAGCCCGCACCUCUCAAGAUGAAGAAGGACUCCGGCGGCAUGAUCAGGAAGCCACCAGUCCCACCACCAACGCAGCGUCGCUCCCCCCUCAUCAUCUACGUCAAAUCACCCAAGAUCAUCCACACCAAGGCCCGCGACUUCAUGGCCCUCGUGCAGCGCCUCACUGGCAAAUCCCCGACGACACCACCUCCAUCCUCCUCCACGUCGCCGUCGCCGUCGCCGUCACCGCCCCCGCGGCCUUCGUCCUUUGCUCCACCCAUCUCGCAGGCCGCCCCCACGUCCGCUUGUUUCGGCGCAUCUCUCGCCCUCGACGGGACGUCGACGAACCUCGGAAUUUCCCAUGAAAUUCCUCUCAACGUCGACGCUUUUUUCGGAGACGACGUCGUCAUAGAUGCGAAGCCUUACCAGAUGCUUCCCCCCAGAGCAAUGCUCUCCGCCAUGCCGUCGAACCUGCAAAUUUCGCCGUCGCCCAAGACAUAUCCUAAGUUGCUCGAAAUAACUACUCCCAUGAUUUUCGGCGCGCCAAACUCGCUGGAGAUGAAUCCCUUCCUGUCAGUGCAAAGACCAGUGCCUCUGAUCAACCAAACCGCUGCCUCUUCAGGCUUCGAUAUUGAUUUCACCACCCGCUCAGGUUUGCAUAGCUGGUAGUGGAUAGUUAUUGACUACCCUUCCUACUCCGGAAACCAACUCGAGUAGUUCAUAUAUACAACAUCUUCCCGCCAUGGCCAGCUAAAUCCCGUCUUCCGUUGUUUGUAAUUAGGUUUGGUAAUUAAUCUGUCUUAAGAUGUAUAAUUAAUUUCUGUUUCCGCCAUUUCUUUCCUUGGUUUCUUUCGCGCCAUAAAAAUUAUUUCUUAUCGUCGUGGUUGAUGGGGCCUUGUAUUU